AGAGUGAAAACAGCAUGGCAAGCCUUCCCUGCUCCUUGUCUAGCACACAAGCUCCUUCUAUAUCCUCAACCAAGCUCGUUCAUGAUGCCAACAAACAUCAUACACCAUUCAGAACUCCACCUAGUUUCAACCCUAUUUCUUCUUUUACUCAUCAAUUUAUCCACUCCCUACCCAACAAUCUCCUCAGAGAAAAUCUGGAAGAAAGAGCAGCAGAGUUGGAGGAAAAAGUACGACUUAUGAUGAAUGCAACAGACAUGGAACCACUAAGCUUACUUGAACUGGUUGAUGAUAUUGAACGCUUGGGACUGUUCUUCAGGUUCCAGGACUGGAUAAACAAAGCCCUUCUCACACUUGUUUCAAUUGAAAACUUCAAACACCGAACCACAAAAACUCUUCAUGAAACCGCUCUUCUUUUUCGAAUUCUCAGACGACAUGGCUUUCAUGUCUCCCAAGACAUUUUUAAGAAUUUCAAAGAUGAAGAAGGAAAAUUCAAGGCUGAAAUUUGCAACGAUGUAGAAGGAAUGUUAAGUUUGUACGAAGCAUCAUACUUGACCUUGGAAGGAGAAAGUCUUUGGGAGGCAAAUGCAUUUUCAAGAACACAUCUGAUGAAUUUAAUGGAAGAAAGAUCAAUGGAUGCGAAAAUGGCAGAAAAAGUUAGGCAUGUAUUGGAGGGGCUUCCUUAUCACAAAAGUUGUUGUAGACUGGUGGCACAACACUAUAUUAACACGUAUGAUAAGACAGAACCGCAUAAUCUCUUAUUCUUAGAACUUGCAAAGGUGGAAUUCAACAUGGAGCAGUCAUCAUAUCAAAACGAGUUAAAAGAACUAUCAAGGUGGUGGUCGGACAUUGGCCUCUCAAAGAAACUAAAGUUUGCUCGAGACAGAUUAGUAGAAAUAUUUAUUUGGACGGUAGCAACUUUUCCUGAACCUCAAUAUGCUAUCUGUCGCAAAGUAAUCAGUAAGAUAGCAAUAUUAAUCACAUUCCUCGAUGAUAUAUAUGACAUCUACGGUACUUUAGAAGAAUUGGAGCUCUUCACAAAUGUCAUCGAAAGAUGGAACGUGAAUUCCAUAAACACUCUUCCAGACUACAUGGUAUUGUGUUUCCUAGCCAUCUAUAACACUGUUAAUGGGUUGGCUUAUGACAUCUUUAAAGAACGAGGCACAAAUUGUCUUCCUUACCUCACAAAAUCUUUAUCUGAUUUGUGCAAAGCAUACCUCCAAGAAGCAAAGUGGUUUCACAACAAAAUCAUUCCACCAUUCGAUAAGUUCCUAGAAAAUGCAAGGAUCUCGAUCGCAGCAGGGUUUAUUCUUACUCAUGUUUACUUCUUGAUCAGCCAAGACAUCACAGAACAAGUGAUUCACUCUCUAACUAAUAAUGACCACGACUUGUUGCGCUCUGUAUACACCAAUUUUAGGCUUAGCAAUGAUUUGGGAACAUCAACGGACGAGAUAGAGAGGGGUGAAACCUCCAACUCAAUUGUCAGCUAUAUGCACGAAACUGGUCUUCCAGAAGAAGAUGUCCGACAAUACUUCAAAACUUUGAUGGAGAAAGAAUGGAAAAACUUGAAUAAAUACCUAAUUAUGGAUUCUAUAUUCCCUAAAUCUUUUGUUCAAGUUGUCAUUAAUCUCGUUCGGAGUGGUCAUUUCAUAUAUCAACAUGGAGAUGGAUUUGGACGACAAAACAAUAUAACAAAGAACACAAUUAAGUCAGUACUAUUGUACCCGUUCCAACUAAUGUGCCAUGACGAUGUUGAGAAAAUAAAGUUUUAAA